AGGAGCAACCUCAGUCAAGUGGCGCAAAUUUAUCGACACAAUGGCAGCCUCCUGGAACGUUUGUCUUCUCCUGGCCAUGCUCAUUGGCUACGAAGCGCUGGCACCCAGCCAAGCGUUCGAGCUGUCGCCGGUGAUGAAGAAGCAAAUAGCAAAGCUAAAGACACGCUGCAUCAACCAGACAGGCGCAUCCGAAGAGCGCAUGUUGCAGGCAAAGCAGGAUCAGGUGCUGCCCGAUGAUGCCGCCUUUAAGUGCUUUCUCCACUGCAUGUUUGACAUGUUCGGAUUGAUCGACAGCAAAAAUGUCAUGCAAUUGGAGGCCCUAAUCGAAGUGCUGCCUGAAGAGGUGCACCCGAAGAUCAACGAAUUAGUUGGCGCCUGCGGCACACAGAAGGGCACUGAUGGCUGCGACACUGCUUAUCAAACCGUCAAAUGCUACCUCAAUGUGAACAAGGAGUUCAUCACGCAGCAAAUAAUUAACUCCAUGCAAUAGUUGGUGUCGCUCAGACACACACGCACCUGUACAGAUCACGAUCCACAAUGCCCAGCAGCAGCAGACAGCGCAGGAUGCGCAGUGACUCCACCUGAACGCGUACCAUUUUGCCCUGCAAGACAUUAUUUAGAUCCAAUCAAU